AUGCCAAGAAACCAGGCGCAGAUUCAUGGUCUGCUGAGAAAGUCGCUUGUCGGGGAACUUUUGGACACCCAAUUUUACCUGUUUUCUGCUCGAUCGAAGCGCCAAGGCAAUGUUACCAAGCUCCGAGCACUGUAUGCCAACAAAAAAGCCCUCGCCACAGAUUCAGAGUACUUUAAUAGCUUUCAGCAGAUACUUUCAGUGCUUUUCAAAAACACGCUCGAUGAUCCUGCUUUGGUCGAAGUCGAAGACCAUUACACUUUGACCUCGAUGAAGAGGAUGAGGAGGGAGAAGGGGGGGGUCGAUCAGAUGGUUAAAGACACAUCGGUUGAGACCUUGAAUUUUGCUAGGAAGGGAGCGCAGCGCAUUAUCACAAGUCGCAGAGUAUUGGUAACAGAUACUGCAUUCAACACGUGGCAAGCUUUGUUGUACUAUCUGUACACAGACGAGAUCGUUUUCGCACCUUUGCGAUCGCAGGGAAGCAGGCCAGCGAGACGUUGCAGCAUUGAUGGGCCCCCGCCAUGCUCGCUGAAGUCCAUGUAUCGCCUAGCGUGCAAGAUAAAUCAUGACAAAUUGCAGGCCAAAGCGCUUGCUGCCAUACGAUCAAGUCUGACUGAGCCCAAUGUUAAUAUUCUGCAGGAAUGCUCUUUGUCUUUGAAAUCUAGGUUUCCCUCCAUUCUUGAGGUGGAAACCAAGAGUUUAUUGCAGCUUAUCGCCACUGCCACUGCCAUCUCAAACUUUUCGAUGAUCGCCAGUGCUGACCUCCCAUACGAGGCUGACGUCUAA